AUGUGAGACUGAAAAGCCGUGAUAAAGAAUGCAGAUGUGUCAGAGGAGACGCAACAGGACUUGGUAGAGUGCGCUCCUCAGGUGCUGGAAAUAUACAGCAUAGAUAACGUUGCCACUCAUGUGGAUAAGGCGUUUGACAAGAAGUACAAUCCCACCAGGCAUCACAUUAUGAGGAGGGACUUCAGUAGUUACAUGACACAUGGAACCAAAUACUUUAUCUACUUGUACCUGGGUCAAGUGGCCAUUCACCUGUUCACAUCUGGCUAAAAGCAUGGACUAUGCCACGCACACAGUGAUCCAUCCAAAAACAAGGACUACAGCCUAAAUUCCAAAUACUAGAAACUGAAAUCUUCAGUCUUGCUAAGGGAACAUCUUGAUCUUUGGACCUUUAUUGUAUUGCUUUGUACAGGGCUGUCUCUCCACUAGUUGGUUGUAGUUAUAAAAUGAUUAGCAAAAUAAAUAAGAAAUAUAUAUAUAUAUAAUUUAAGUGUGUUUUAAAAAUUAAGAAUAUUUGUACU